AUGUUUGGAGAGGGGAUCUUUAUUCAAGAUGGAGAACCUUGGAAACGCUCCAGAGAACUGCUUAGACCGCAUUUUGUCCACAGGCAAUACGAAGAUCUAGAAGUUUUCAGAGAAUCUGUGAAUGAACUGCUUGACGCCCUUCCAAGAAAUGGGGGAAUGGUAGAUUUGCAACCAUUAUUCUUCCGUCUGACACUCGAUACAACCACCGCAUUCUUGUUUGGGCAGUCUGUCCAUAGUCUCAAGUCCCCUGCCUUAACAAACGAAUUUCGGCUUUUAGAUCUCUACUGGCUGAUUGGUGGGAAGAAGUUUCUCCAAGCCUGUAGCAAAGUGCAUGAAUUUGCCGACCAAAUUAUUGAGCACAAUCUCUCGCUAGAUUCCGAUGCUGGAUCGGAGAAGAAGUACCACUUUUUGAGAUCGGUAGAGAAGAGUAUGCAAGGCGAUCGUGAGUUGCUACGAGGCCAGAUUGUCAAUAUUCUUGUUGCUGGGAGAAACACCACUGCCUGCCUUCUUUCCUGGACCUUCUUUCUUCUUGUACGCCAUCCGAGAGUGCUAGCCAAAUUACAAAGAGAAGUCGCUUCGAUUGGAGAUGCGACUGAUUUAAAUAGGACAGAGCUACGAAAUAUGAAGUAUCUUCAAAAUGUCCUUAAAGAAACACUUCGCCUAUAUCCAUCUGUUCCCGUGAACACGAGAACAGCCCUAAAGAACACAGUCCUACCAAUGGGAGGAGGUCCUGAUCGGAACUCACCAAUUUUCAUCAAAAAAGGAACGGCCGUUGCCUUCAGCGUCUACACUAUGCAUAGAAGACCAGAUCUUUAUGGCAUGGAUGCUGAAAUCUACCGACCCGAGAGAUGGGAUGAAUCUAUGCCCUUGAACGAUAAUCCAACAAAUCAAAAAUGGGGAUACUUGCCGUUCAAUGGAGGGCCAAGAGUUUGUCUCGGUAUGGACUUUGCUCUUACGGGGGCCGCUUAUACAGUUGUGAGGAUCUUGCAGAGGUAUCCGAAAGUAAAGCUACCGGCCAACGAAAAAGUGGAAUUGACUGGCGUAGAGAAGCAGACGAUGACAUUGGUGGUUUCGAUCAAAGAAGGAUGCAAAGUUCAUUUAUGA